AUGCAGCAUGAUCCGACUGAUGAGAAAGGAGAAGAACAGGAGUCAUUUCAGGUUGCUUUGCACAGAAUGAAAAUGGAAAUAUACCAUUACACAUCUCCAUUUCUUGUGUUCCAGAAAGUAGUGCGCGAUUUCGAGGAUGGUAUCGGCAAGAUUGGAAUGAAGAUGCAUAGAUACCCACCAAACAUUCGAGAUCUCGGUGACUGGUGCACCGUGCCAAGGAUCGUGGCAAUCGGCCCUUACCAUCAUGGCAGACAACAGCUGAAGGAGGUGGAGCAGGUGAAGCAUGUGGCUGCCUACCACUGCAUCCUGGAAUCCGACCACUCACUCCGGGAGGUCUACGAUGCGGUGGUCUCAGCCGCGCACGAUGCCCGCCACCUCUACAGCAAGGAUGUCAUGGCAGGUAUCGAUGACGGUGACUUCCUGCCCAUGAUGUUCUUUGAUGCUUGCUUCUUGGUGCAGUACAUGUUGUGGCAUACCAAGCGUGGUAAGGAGGAGAUGGAUCCGUCACUGCGCAGAUGGUUUUCCUUGAACCGCAAAGUACUCCGUAAUGACAUCAUGCUUCUUGAGAACCAGCUCCCCUGGGGAGUAGUCAAGGCCGUCAUGAGGUUCAGGCGCGCCUCCUUGACGGGGUUCGUGUCUUCCUUGAGAGGCAUUCUGCAAAACCGCAUGGUUUUCAAAGCGGAAUCUUUCGUCUUGGAUGACAGAUACAAACCACCACAUCUCCUUGGCAUCCUGCGGCACCACAUUGUAGGAAGUAGAGACACCGAGAAGCCCGAUGUUGGUAACAUCGAUGGACUAUCACUUUCUGUUAGUGCCAUCGAGCUUGCCGAAAUCGGCAUCAAGCUCAGAGCCAAUGAGACAACAGAGGUCAUUAACAUGGGCCUCAACAAGAAAUUGUUCUUCGCCGAGCUCUCGCUGUCGCCGCUGUCUCUCAAUCAGGCGCGCGCAAUCCGGCUUGUCAACAUGGCAGCUCUCGAGCUAUGCAUGAAACAUUCUAAACAAGAAGACUCCGCUGUCUGCUCAUACCUUCACCUCCUCUCCAUGUUGGUGCAUAGGGAGGAGGACGUGCAGGAGCUGCGAGCAAGGGGUAUCCUGCAAGGAGCAGGGCUCACCAAUAAGGAGGCGCUCAACUUCUUCACAAGCUUUCAGAGUGUCCACGGAUCCUACAGUGCCAUCGUCAUGAUACAGAUUGAGAGCUACAAGAUCGACAGGCGGAUCCGGACCAACGUGUAUGCGUUUCUUUACAAGAACAAGAAAGUAAUCUUCAUGGUCUUAUCCACCAUUGUUGCAGUUGUCAGUAUCUUUGGUACACUUAUCGGCAUCUUACUAAAACUCAAUUAG